AUGGCUACUCACAGCUACUACGGUGGCUACUCACUUAUUCGCUCCAGUGCAUACACUGCCAACAGCAACGGGUGUGGGAACAGUUGUAGCAGUAAGAACGCGAGUUCCACCAGGGAUGGGACGCGAACAGCGGGGUUGGCCCGGAUGAAUUUUGCCUCAUGCAACAGCGACUGGAUGCCAUCCCUUGCGACAUCCUCGGCGGCUGAGGUGCGUUCCACGGUGAUGCCCGUUGACGCAGUGGGAGAUGUUGCCUCCAGCGCGAGCGCCCCAACGCGCACCCCGCUCAUUCAGGCCCUUUUGGCCAUGCAGAACUUUUACCGCGGGGUGCCUCUCUGCGUCACCAAUACCACCGCCCGGAAUGCUUCCACGACCACAACCGUCACACCCCCCGCAGCACCCAGUGCGAAGAUGGAAAAAUUUGUUGCUGCAACCACCGCGGAGGUUUCUAAGCGAGCGGAGACAAAAAAAAUGUUACCCACCAUUCCAAUGCCCAUCGGCGGCGACACGUGGACGGCGCUCAGUGACACGGUACUUGCGGCUAAAACCGGCGUCGUCGCGUCACGGCAUGCAUUGAAACGCCCAGUAGCUCCUAUGGCCGUUGGAGUGACGGAUGCGGAUCUUGACAGGGAGAUGAGGUCAACGCGCAAGGGCCCAGAGCCGCUAUUCCGCGAUCUUUUGGCCUUUUCUUCGCCUUCCGAGACACCCACCCAGAGUGCAUUUGCGUGCAACACGAAUAAUAGCAAACGAAGGGACCCCGUCCCCGCAGAUGAACUUUUUUCAUUCCAACAACAUGAACAGGAACAAAAGCAGCAUUGUCCUGUCCCACCCGCCCCAAUUUCUGUGAGCCCUCUCUUGUCCCCCAAUCGAGAAAACAGCCUGGCGCCAGAAGAGAAGUUGCAAAUGUUUCAGAAGCAAUCUGAAGUCCCAGGUGGUUUCUACGAUGAGGGACAUUAUGCGUUGCGUUCAUCCCCUAAAGAAUUGCAGAUGGGUCUUGCCAGCUUUUCCUCCACACCGGAGGAGAGGCAGCAAGAGAAGAGCACCAUUCCUGUUUUGUCUGGUGGGAUAAAUGGCGCUUCUCGCCAGGGCAUUCAAAGAAACCAAUUGCUGAGGGAAGGCGAUGAGGACAAGCCUUUGUUCGACGAAGAAGAUGAGGAUGCCCUGGAGCACAUUAGACAAGUCAUCAACAUUGUUCUAUCAGUUAAUGCUUCCGAGAAUGCCUCCGCGGAUACAGAUGCCUCCUGCAAGCCUAAAAAGGGCCUGGAGUUUGGCAUGGAGUGGUUGAAUACCCGGUACCACCAAAGUGAGCAGCAAAACUCCUUCUUUCAGGGCUUUUAG